CAUAGAUUAAACACGUAAUUGAGGGCAGUGUUUUUUGAACUUAGUUAUCGCAUUUAAUUGUAACAAACAUGACAUCAUUAUUAAGUUAUGAGACUUUAGUGCACGCUACAGCUGGUGCUGCGGGCAGCGUCGUGGGCAUGACAAUAUUUUAUCCGUUAGAUACACUCAGGUCACGGAUUCAAGUUGAGGAUUCGAAGAAGUUACAAGGAUCGACACUGGGAUUAUUAAUAAAACUAGCUAGUGAAGAAGGUAUACAGUCUCUUUACAGAGGUUUAUCACCAGUUUUACAGUCAAUUUCAGUAUCCAACUUUGUUUACUUUUACUCAUUCCAUGCAUUACGAAAUAUAUCUUCCCAGCCAACAACAGCAUUGCCUGAUCUACUUUUUGGUUUAAUUGCUGGAAGUAUCAAUGUUAUUUUAACAUCACCGCUAUGGGUUGUAAACACAAGAAUGAAGUUGGAAAAAAACAAUUACAAAAAUUUAUUUGAAGGUCUCCUUGAACUAGCAAGAACGGAAGGCGCAAAAGGCCUUUGGUCUGGCACUGUUCCUUCACUACUUCUAGUUUCAAAUCCAGCUAUUCAGUUUAUGGUGUAUGAAUCUCUAAAACGAACAUUUAUGUCCCAAGGCUCAUUCCAUACAUACACAUCAUUUUUAGUUGGGGCUACAGCAAAAUCUGUAGCCACAAUCCUAACCUACCCCUUACAAGUAAUUCAAUCUAGACUUCGUGCUGGUACUAAUUUGAAAACAUUGGUGAAAGAUAUUAAGUCAAAACCAAUUUCAAUGUUCCGUGGACUGGAAGCCAAGCUUUUGCAAACAGUCAUGACAGCUGCUUUGAUGUUUGUUGUUUAUGAAAAACUUGCUAAUUUAGUUUUAAUUAUUAUGAGAAUUGAGAAGGAAAAUACUCACUGACUAGAAAAAUUAAGUUUCUCAGAGUUAUAGAUUAGAAAACAUGCAGUUUCUCUUUUAAAUAAUAAUCCAAGUAAGGGGCCGUUUACGUAUUACAUAAGUAGAUUUAUUACAAUUAUUUACCACUCCUUUCCCCUUGUCAGCAAAUGUAAGCAAAGCUCUGACGUGCGUUAUCGUGGUGAAACAACACCUUUUUUUUUGCCAAAUGAGGCCGUGUGUCCUUCAAUUUUUUAAAGAAGUGUACCAAUAACUUAUUUUAGUAUUGUCCAAUAUGUCCAAUGAUCGUUCUUCCUUUUUCUAAAAAAUCCAUGUGCAUGACUCACUUCGCCUCCCAAAACAAUCGUCGUCAUGACCUUUCCAGCCGAUGGGACCGUAUUCGCCUUCCUUGGAGCAGAUUCACCGGGAGAAAUCCAUUGUUUUCAUUGUUGUGUAGUUUCUUGUGUGUAAUGACGAAUCCAGGCUGCGUCAAUGGUGAAAACUCGACGCAAAAAGUUCUUCAGAUCUUCCUUGAAUCGCUUCAAACAAUGCUGCGAAGUUAACAGCCGUAUCGGGUUGUUGUCCACCGUGAGCAUUCGCGGCACCCAUCGGGUCGACCACUUUUUCAUCGCCAACUUAGCAUAUAAAAUAUAAAUUGCUGUUCCGGUCGACACACUUAUUGCCUUAGCUACUUCGCGCGCUUUAGUUCGUCAAUCAUCGAGAAUCAUGUCGUGGAUUUUUUCAAUGGUUUCUUCGCUAACCACAUCUGCCGGGCGUCCUGGUCUCUCCUCACCCAAAACGAGUGUUCAUAAACGUUUAAAUUCAUUUAAUCAAUAUCUAACUAUGGUCAUAGGUCACAUGUCCCCUUAAACAGCAUCCAACUUUGCUUUUAUCUUCUCGCAUUUUUUCCCAUCCAAAUACAAAAAGCGAAUUACUGAACAUUACUGCACUUUUUCCAUCUUACCGAAAAUCACGAAACACCUCUUACUCGAAUAGCUGCCAAAUCCAAAUUAACCUAAAAAUUAAUCUAAAUUUUGUUUUGGCGUCGUUUGAUAGAUGACCAU